AAUUGGUUCGAGAUUUUUCUCUCUGGUUGGCCAAGGAUCGUGUGCAAUCGCCAAUUAUGACUCUCUUCAAUGGAAUUCGGCCAUUCUAUCCCCACGACAGAACAGCCUUCAUUUUUGCCAUCACCUUACUCGUGGUUAUCCUGGUAUUCCUGGUGUUUACCCUAACGCUGCUCAUUAUCCUCCCGGGAAUCAGAGGGAAAGGGAGAAUUUACUCCUUCUGCAGAAUUAUUGUAAGCCUUUUUGUUGGAGCUGUUAUUGUAGUGGUGAACUUUACUGGUGACUGGGCAGCUGGAUUUGCCAGGGUGAGCACAAUUUACAAGGCUUUCAGUAAUGAGGCAAUCACUGCAGAAGUGGGACUCAACAUUGGACUGGCAGGAAUUAAUGUGACUCUGAGAGGAAUCCCUGAGAACCAGCUGAAUGAAACCAUAGACUACAACGAGAGCUUUCUAUGGAGAUUUACAAUGAAUUACGAUGAGCAAUAUAACAAUGGGCUUAAUCGAGGGCUUCCACAUCCAAUUUUGUACAUUGCUGAGAAGUUUCAGAGCAAAAGCCCCUGUCUUAUUCAUGACCAGUACAGGUUCUCUGGACAUUAUGCAACAGCCAUGAUGUGGGUAGCAUUUUGUGCCUGGAUCAUCACUAACAUUCUCUUCUCCAUGCCAACUAUUGUGUACGGAGGCUACAUGGCAUUGGUCACAUCUGCAUUCAUGAUCUUUGGAGUCAUCUCAUUCGCCACUAUACAGAAUGUAUCGCCAUGCAUCAUUCAGUUUGGCCCAACAGCACUGAAGACUAAUUUCAGUGUCUCCUUCUGGCUGACAUUAGCAACUGCGUUGCUGUGCUUCAUUCUUGGAGUAAUUGUAAUCAUUAUGGAUCACUGCAUCCCAGAGAAACUGAAGACAUUCUUCAUGCUAAGUGGAGAGGAGGAUGAUGAUCAUCAAAUGAGCAUUGGAUUAAUUAGCAAUAACUUUACUGAUGAUCGUGGAGAUGCUGUACAUUUAAAGAAAAUUAAAGAUGGCUUCAAAGACAAGGACUUUGUUGUUUAUACCUAAGACUGAAGAUGCCUGGAAUUGAAAAGGAUUACCAUGCAACACCUGGCUCACGCAACAGUGUGACAGCUUCACUGGGCAACUCCUGAAGGACGUCAAAAUUCCACUGCGUACAUGAUUUUUUUAAAUGACUGUUUUCAUUAGAUUAUUUUGUGAAAUGGCAGA